AUGAUACGAAACACAACUCAAAGCAACGCUUUGGUCUCUGCACAAUUUACUAACUACAGAUUGUAUGGUUAUGUAAAUUAUGAUUUAUCUGCACAAUCUGCACAGUAUGGUGAUUGUACGUGUUCUUCAUCAGCUACAUGCAUUACUCAAUAUGCAGUUAUUAAUUAUCCUAACUUCACGGACACAUUUCCUUUACCAGGACUUUAUACGGGAUGUUAUAUAGUUGAUUCAUUACUUCAGUCUGAUCUUCAAUGUUUUUAUGAUCAAGCCUGCAUCAGUAAAGUACAAUCAUACUUGGGAUCGUCUACACUUAUGAAUGUAACAGCUCUUAAUAUAUCAUUGUCGAUUCAGUUUUUGGAAAACUCAACAAUUUCAGAUAUUAUUGAUCAAUUAAUGGUUGAAGAAUGGAUUAACUCAAGCAUGUAUGAAAAUUACUACAGUGAAUGUCAACCAUUACAUUGUACUUAUACUGUUACGACGAAGAAUAGUGUAAUAUACAUUAUUACAACUCUGAUUGGAUUAGUUGGUGGUUUGAUUACAGUAUUGAAACUUACAGUGCCCAUGCUAGUCAAGUUCGCAAGAAAACGCAUGCACAAAGAAGUAAAAACAGAAACUGGUAAGAGAUGAAAAUAGCUUAAACAGUGUUAUAUAUAAAACGUAUAUGCAUUCAACCGACAGAAUGCAGAGAGAAAAUAAAAGGCGAUGUUAAACAGAUGAGAAUGUCGUUCUAAUAGAUUCAGUAACAUACCGCAAAAUCAACAUUUCGCGAGUGAAAUUCGACAUCGCAUAAAAUAACUGAACGGACAAAAUAGCAAAAGUUUAUAACAUCUUUAUAAUGAAUAUGCAUGGUUCAAUAGCCAUUUUAUGAUCUAUAGUCUGCCGAAAUAGAGUUUUCCUGAACUAAUAAGAGAAGAUGUGAUGAAUCAAGAAGUGUUUUUCGUUAAAAACGUUGUUUAUGAAAACUAGUUUUGUUGUGAAAAUAUUUGUAAAAGAUUUGACACGAGUUUAUACUCGUGAACGCAAAGGUGUAUUGUACCUUUAAUGAUAUCUUUCUCUCUGUUACUCAGUUCUGGAUUCAUGUCGUUCCUUCUUUUUCUCAUAUAUAUACACUUUUGCUAUAUUUGAAGCAAAUACAUACUUAACGUAUAUGACUCGAUAAACAUCUAUACCGAGUAUCACGAUUAGCUACUCUCCCGUUUUGUUUUACAUAUAACUCUUUAAUCUUAGUUCUUCUCAGAGAUGUUUGCGAGUUGUCUCAUUUUUAUUACACCCGAUCAGUUGGUGAACUCGACUUGUAAGUCGCAUAUAGCUCAUGAUCUAAGUAUUUGCAAGAGUUACAUGGAUACGGGUGUUACAAGGCCCUUUUUCCUCUAAUAAAUGAGUCAGUCGAUUAUGUAUUGAAUAAUCUUAUUUCUUAACUGAUUUUUAUUAGAAAAAGAAGAAGGUAUUUAUACCUUCGUUGAUGUCUAGGCACACACACAUACGCACGCGGAAGACAUCUGAUCAAUAUGGAAAAAAGAGGAGAGAACAAAGGGUGAAGAAGAGUGAUCAUGCAUAUUCCUCGUGCUUCAUACCCAAAGCCGACGAGAAGAUGAUAUAAUCAUCUUCUUGUAAGAAGUAAAAAGAAAAGAAAACAAACGGAAGAAGAUGAAGUAAUUUAUCUUCUUGUAAAAGUAAAGUGAAACAUAGAGAGAAGAUGAGGAAUUCAUCUUCUCAUUCAACAAGAAGGAAAAGCCUGGACGAACCAGUUGGUCGUCAUGUGAAGAGAGGAGAGAGAGAAAAGAAAAGAAAAGAUAUACACACGCACGCACAUACACACCAAAAAGAAGAAGAAACAAAUAGAUAGUAAUAAAAGUAUUACUAUUGUUAGAGUGCUCGCUAACAACGGGUAAUUUAUUGACAUUACUCUUUAUCUAGGUAAGUAAAGUAAAUCAUCUUACAAGAUAAAAGUUAUUACAGUUUAGAGAAUAGGAGAGAUGUAUUCGAUAGAGUAGCUUCCGAUAAAUCAACUUAUAUCUCUUUGAUAUCCGAUAAUUAAGGUAACUGUUGCUCAAAAAUAGAAUCAUACGCAUAAAUAAUCACUUCUAUUCUAAGACUUAAAUAUCAUCAUUUAUAUUAAAGUCGAUAAUAUUCGAAGGUGUGAGUGUAUUUUUCUCAUUCUAUUAUAUAUGUAUGCUAGCUCUACAUGACUCACAUAUGAUACUUGAAAUUUACAGAAAACAAUCAUUUUUUAUUCUAACAUAAUGUAACUAUCUUCAAGUAUGAACACAGCAGGACAAAGUUAGUUAACAAAAUAUUACCUUUUUAACAUAACAUCAACAGAUGUAAUGUAACAGAUGUUUUAAAGCUAAAAGGGGUGGUCGAAAAAUCAUUUAUUUUUACUCACUCUAGAAAUGUCGUAAUACAGAAGUCCAUGCCACCCAGAUCACGAAUCUGACAUACCUUUGUCUAGAUCUGAACCCUUUCUUGCCGUGUUUGCCGUAGACCGGUACCUGAGUCUCAGUAGGGUAGUUCUGCAAGGUUUUAAACACAAAUACACAAAGUAUUCCAAAAAUUUUCUUAUUCCUCAGAAUUUGUAGAGUUUUUUUGCUGAUCAUUUUCGUAUAAGGAAGUCUUGAAUUCUAUCAAGAAAUAACGACGCUAUCGUCAAAAUAAAAAACAUAAUAAAAUACGGUAAAAUAGUUUAAAUCCCAUUUUUCCUUAUACAAUAUAGGAAAAAGUCGAGUCUCUAAUCUCGAACCGACUGUAUUCUGAAGAAAUAUGACAUAGUAGGUUUUGUAGAGAAAACUGUGCUCUAUAAAACCUGCUAUGUCGCAUUUCUUCAGAAUACAGUCGGUUCGAAAUCAGAGACUCGGCAUUUUCUUGUAUUUUGUAAGAAAAAAAAAUGGGAUUUUAAGCUAUUUUACUAUGUUUUUUAUUUUGACGAUAGUAUUGUCAUUUCUCAAUAGAAUUCAAGACUUCCUUAUACGAAAAUGAUCAGCGAAAGAAGCUCUACAAAGUUUGGGAGAAAAGAAAACUUUCUUAGAAAAUUUUCUGAAUACUUUGUGUUUGACAUCCCAUGGAACUACCCUACUAAGACUCAGGUACUCCCCUAUGAAAAUUGUUAGAAAAAAAGGAUCAGAUCUAGACAAACGGAUGUCAGAUUCGUGAUCUGAGUGACAAGGACUUUCGUAUUAUGACAUCUCUAGAGUGAGUAAAAAUUCAUCAUUUUCCACCACCUCCAUUAACUAGAGUUAUAUUACAGUCAACUUCAAUCAAAUAAUUUGAAAAGAUUAAUAAUCUGUUCAGAGUUUAGAAUAUCUUAAUAAAUAAAAGAUUGUUUAACGUUCUUUUUAUGCUCUCCUAAUAUUCUCUGACUAUAAUUUCCUAAUAUUCUUCCUUUUUUAAGAAACACUAGUACAAGAACCGAAUCACAGUACAUUAUACAAAUUAAAACAUUACAUUUCAACAUUCAAUAUCUUUCCAUCUGUUCCACCAACUACCGAUGAAUACCGACUUCGAAACCA